AGGGAGCGCUCGGACAGCGGCGGCGGCACCCCGGCUCUCCACGCACCCGCGGCCGCCGCGCCCGCGCCCCCUCCCGCCGCACCUCUGCCUCUGCCUCUGCCUGUGCCUGGCCGCGGCGCCGGCGGCCGCGCUGCCCGCUCUUGCCCCGUACUUUGCCUUUGGUUUUGUUGGUGAAGAUAUCACAGUGAUGUCUGCAUUCAACCUGCUGCAUCUGGUGACAAAGAGCCAGCCGGUGGCCCUACGAGCUUGUGGGCUGCCCUCAGGGUCAUGUAGGGAUAAAAAGAACUGUAAGGUGGUCUUUUCCCAGCAGGAACUGAAGAAGCGGCUAACACCCCUGCAGUACCAUGUCACUCAGGAGAAAGGGACAGAAAGUGCCUUCGAAGGAGAAUAUACACAUCACAAAGACCCUGGAAUAUAUAAAUGUGUUGUUUGUGGAACUCCAUUAUUCAAGUCAGAAACCAAAUUUGACUCCGGUUCAGGUUGGCCUUCGUUCCAUGAUGUGAUUAGUUCCGACUCCAUCACGUUCACAGAUGACUUUUCCUACGGGAUGCACAGAGUGGAGACAAGCUGCUCUCAGUGUGGGGCUCACCUGGGGCACAUCUUUGAUGACGGACCUCGUCCAACUGGGAAAAGAUACUGCAUCAAUUCGGCUUCACUGUCUUUCACACCUGCAGGAAGUAGCAGUGCUGAUGGGGACAGUGUGGUGGGCUGCCCAGCCCAGGCCGAUAAGAAGGAGCUGUAGAGUCAUGGCGAUGGAUGGGAACAAGUGUACUUAAUGCAAAGCUUGUUAAUGAAAGUCAAAAAUUGUCUAAGAUAUAUUUUUUCAAAACAUAGAAGGGCAUAUUUGUGCUAUUGAUAUUUUUUCUUUUUUUUGUUUUUGCUUAAAUAGAGAUCCUGGCCAUCCAUAUAUUUUGCUAUAGACUAAGAGCAGCUUAUAAUUUUAGUCAAUGAAGAUAGCUUUGGAAAAAUUCUGUCAUAAUCCACUCAAGAAGUAUCAUUCGGUGGUUUUUUUUUAAGCAUAUAGCUGCAUUUGAGAUUCCACCACGUCCCCCUCCCCCACUGCCUUGCUUUAGAGACAGCUGGUACUUGGCCUUCAGAUAUGAAAAUCAAAAGCGCCUCAGCAUAGAGACGAGAGCUUGGAUGUUCAGGACAUGGUAAGGACCUGGGAGGAUCGUGCCAGGGAGGGUCCUGUGCAGGAUUCAGCUUAGAUGAGGAUGAACUAAAAUCUCUGGCGACUUUUCAGCCUUGUGGAAAGUCUGAGCUAAGGUGGUUUAUUCUCACUAAAAGAGUGUGAAGGUCUAAAAUCUUUCCUUAUGUUAAAUUACUGCCAGAUCUGACGGUCUCGCCCAGUGCUGUGGCAAGGUAAACAUUACUGCUUGGUUAGCAGAGUUCGCAAGAAUACCUACCAUUGCGUUUUCCAAGCGUCCUUUCACAUCUAAGAUCAGCUAGAGCUAGAAUGGCAUUUUGGUGAUUCCACUGUAGAAAAUAAAACUGGGGGAUGACACACUUCAAGGUGGGGAAAGUGAGAGAGUAGAACGGCUGCCUUUAGGAGGGACAAGACCUGCUGCACCAAUGGCUGAAGGGAAGCUUGUGACUUGUGGACACUGUGUUUGUUUCGAGUCUUGAAUGCUAAUUCUGAAAUGCAGGGUUUUUAAAAGUAUUUUUACAAAUCUGAUAUUAUUUUUCUUUGUAAUCAAGAGAAACCACUCCUGUGCAUACAUGCAUUAAAGAGAGAGAGAGGGAGACAGAGAAAGAGACAGAGACAGAGACAGACAGAGAAAAAAAGGACUGUUGGCAAUUUUAACAAAAUAAAAGAGAGUGAAAUGAAAAGUUGUGACAAUUUAAAAUGUUAGUGUAUUCCUGUCCUCAUCUGUGUCUCUACAAACACUCUGGUGAGGUUGUUUGUUACAGAUACUCCAACUUUGCCAAGUCCUUUUUUGUUCUCACUGAAGAACCCCUAACAUUUCUCAACCACCUGAGGAUCCUCUGUGGGGGAAGCUUAAAGAACUAGGUUUUUGAGGAAGUUAAGUUUCCAUCUGCAUCCCAUCCUGAGGGUGUGCACAGCACCCUUCUCUUUGGGUUUGACUCUGGAGUGGAGCCUCACUCCUGGUUCAUGAAAGGAAGCCACAGUGUUGGGUUAGACAAGAUGAGGGACUUCUCUCUCCAUAGUCUCUUAUGUCCUCAUUGUUUCUUCAGUUUUAUCUGAGAGUUUGAGAUUGCUCUUAAAAAAAAAGAAGACACCUUUUCUAGGUCUAGAGAGAGAGCACAGCAAGUAAAGCCUUGCUCAUGGCCAGCUUGGAUUUGAUCCCUGGCACUGCAUAUGGUCUCUGAGCACCAUCAGGAGUGACCCCUAAGUUCAGGGCCAAGAGUAAGCACCUAGCACCAUUGGGUGUGGCCCCAAAACCAAGAAAAUAGUAAAAAAACACCUUUUAAAAAAAUCCUCAGUCUUUUUCUUUAGGAAAGCCAGUUUUCCUUCUACCACGUUUUAAAGCAGGAACUUUAAGAAAAAUGCAACAUCUACUGAAAAAAAAAGUGGAGUGUUUGCAUGUGGUUUAAUUCCAGAUUGCUUUAGAGUUUAAGUGGUCUCAAAUUUCAGUAUAUUUCUGUCUUAUGUUAAAGAAAUAUAUUACCAAAACGUCAGUGAGCAAUAAUGUCAGCUGUCGAGCACUAGAUUUAUUUUUGCAGGAUAUGGAGUGCAAUGAACUGAGUCAAUAUGGCGAGGUGUAUGUGAUCUGUGGGAGUUGCAUGGGACUCUUUACCUCUCUGCUGUGGGGCCCUCACUGCACCUUCAAAAAUGCAGGUUUCUGCUGGUGUGUAAAAUGUAGGUCAAUGUAGUGAUGCCGAAUGGAUCUGAAGGAAACAGCUGUGUAUACUGUAUUAGAGAACAUUUUCAUAUGUUUAAACUUUUCACUUCUUAGAUGCAUUUAAAUACUUAAUGCACAUGACAUAUCAAUUUAAAACCUUUCCAUGUUAAUUGAAUUGAAAUGCCUUGCUUUAAAUGCAGAAUAUAAUGAAAGGGAUUAUCAUUUGUUCUGAAGGUCAGAUAUUUUUGUCUUGGAUAACUUUGUAAUAGUUUUUCUCCAAUCAAACCUUUUGGAAAAUGACAUGGAAUUUUCAUAAGAAAAAAAACUUUUUUCUUAUGUUAAUUGUAUUACAGAAAUGAUGCAAUAAAAUUUCUUUGUA